AUGCAGGUGCAGGGCUAUGAUCUUGUUGGGAUCACAGAGACGUGGUGGGAUAGCUCCCAUGACUGGAGUGUUGCAAUGGAAGGAUACAGUAUUUUUAGGAAAGACAGGCCAGGAAGACGAGGAGGAGGAGUUGCUCUUUAUGUGAGAGACCAGCUGGAAUGCAUGGAGCUCUGCCUGGGGAUGGAUGAGGAGACAGCUGAGAGAUUAUGGGUAAGGAUGAAAGACAAGACAGGUAAGGGUGGCAUUGUAAUGGUUGCCUGCUAUAGGCCGCCUGAUCAGGAAGAACAAGCGGAUGAGGCCCUCUGCAGACAACUAGGAGCUGCCUCACGUUCGCAGGCCCUGGUCUUCAUGGGAGACUCUAACCACCCCAAUAUCUGCUGGAGGGACAACACAACAGGGCAUAAGCAAUCCAUGAGAUACCUGAAGAGCAUCGGCGACAACUUCCUGAUCCAAGUGACAAAGGAGCGACCGAGGAGAGGUGCUCUGCUGGACCUCAUACUCACAAACAAGGAAGGGCUCGUUGGAGAUGUGAAGGUCAAAGGCAGCCUUGGCUGCAGUGAUCAUGAGAUGGAGAAUAGCACAUUGCUUAAAAUGGACAUAAAUGGAGAGUCCAGAAGUACCAUAUCUACCCUCCCUGUACCUCUUACAGAGGUCAGUUCUGCAGGCAAAACAGAAGCAGAGAAACCACGAUGUUCCAGUACCCCCUGCUCACCAAUGCGACGGACAUUUUCAGGCUAUCAGAUCCUUCGUAUGGAUUCUAACUACCUGGUUGGCUUCACGACUGGAGAGGAGCUGCUAAAAUUAGCCCAAAAGUAUACAGGAAAUGAAGUUAAUAAAGGGGAUUCCAGGCCUAACUUGCACUCUAAACAGUUUGAUUCAGGACUUGCACGUUCCUCCCGUUUGUACAAAACUAGAAGUAGGUACUAUCAGCCAUAUGAGAUCCCAGCAGUAAACGGGAGGAGGAGGAGACGGAUGCCCAGCUCAGGGGAUAAAUGCACUAAGGCUUUACCAUAUGAACCUUACAAGGCACUUCAUGGUCCCCUGCCUCUUUGCCUUUUAAAAGGUAAAAGGGCUCACUCUAAAUCCCUGGACUACCUCAAUUUAGACAAAAUGAGCAUCGAGGAACCUGCUGACACAGACAUGCUACAAUACCAGCUCCAACACCUUACCCUUAGAGGGGACCAUAUGUUUGCAAGAAAUAACACAUGAACUAUGAACUAUAAUCUAGAAUUUAGAACCAGUUUCUGGUUAUUUCUCUGUUGCU